UUAUGUUUAUAUUUAUCAGCUUUGAUAAUUUCAAAGAAGAUCUCGCUGUAAUAUUCUUUUGCUUUGUGUGAGAUUAAAAGUGAAAAUCUUCGAUAAAAGUUAGCGAAUCUAGGGUAAAUUUUAUCCAGAAAAUAUGGCGGAUGAAAACGAAAAUUCGUGUGAUAAGUUCGACGAUGUGAAACCCGACAAAAUGUUCACAUUAAAAAAGUGGAACGCAGUGGCUAUGUGGAGCUGGGAUGUCGAGUGUGAUACCUGUGCCAUUUGCCGGGUGCAAGUUAUGGAUGCUUGCCUGCGCUGUCAAGCCGAAAGCAAAAAGGACACUCUUGGACGCCAGGAUUGCGUUGUGGUUUGGGGCGAAUGUAACCAUUCUUUCCAUCACUGCUGUAUGUCUUUGUGGAUUAAGCAGAACAAUCGUUGUCCACUCUGCCAGCAGGAAUGGUCCAUCCAGAGAAUGGGCAAGUGAAACAGUAGAUUGCAAUUUCAGAACAGAAAAAGGACGUUUUUCCUGAAUCUGAUGACAGGAAGCUUUUUGUGACUACUUUUAUUUCUUUCUGUAACGAUUUUGUUUAUACUUGAAUAAAUAAAACUUAUUUUAGUAAACUGAA